GCUUAGCUAACUCAGUAGCUAGUUAGGGUGGCACAUUUUGGGGGGAUUCUUCAAAGCAGACUGAUAUUUGGAAGAAUAUUAUGGCCGAAGCCGACAAAUUAAACAUCGACUCCAUAAUUCAGCGACUUCUGGAAGUUAAAGGCUCCAGACCAGGGAAGAACGUCCAGCUGACGGAGAACGAGAUCCGAGGUCUGUGCCUGAAGUCCAGGGAGAUCUUCCUGAGCCAGCCCAUCCUGCUGGAGCUGGAGGCUCCGCUCAAGAUCUGUGGUGACGUCCACGGCCAGUACUAUGACCUGCUGAGGCUCUUUGAGUACGGAGGCUUCCCCCCAGAGAGUAACUACCUGUUCCUGGGGGACUACGUGGACCGGGGGAAGCAGUCCCUGGAGACCAUCUGUCUCCUGCUGGCCUACAAGGUCAAGUACCCUGAGAACUUCUUCCUGCUGAGGGGGAACCAUGAGUGUGCCUCCAUCAACAGAAUAUACGGCUUCUACGACGAGUGUAAGAGGCGGUACAACAUCAAGCUAUGGAAGACCUUCACCGACUGCUUCAACUGUCUGCCAGUGGCAGCCAUAGUGGACGAGAAGAUCUUCUGCUGCCAUGGAGGUCUGUCUCCAGACCUCCAGUCCAUGGAGCAGGUGCGCCGGGUGAUGCGGCCCACGGACGUGCCUGACCAGGGCCUGCUGUGUGACCUGCUGUGGGCCGACCCAGACAAGGACGUGCUGGGCUGGGGCGAGAACGACCGGGGGGUCUCCUUCACCUUUGGGGCCGACGUUGUCACCAAGUUCCUCCACAAGCACGACAUGGACCUCAUCUGCAGAGCUCACCAGGUGGUGGAGGAUGGCUAUGAGUUCUUCGCUAAGAGACAGCUGGUUACCCUCUUCUCUGCUCCUAACUACUGCGGGGAGUUUGACAACGCAGGCGCCAUGAUGAGCGUGGACGAAACGCUCAUGUGCUCCUUCCAGAUCCUGAAGCCGGCAGAUAAGAAGCUCUUCUACGGGGGUGGGGGGGGCAUGGGCUCUGCACGCCCAGUCACCCCCCCCAGGAAAGCCAAGAAAUGACCCCCACAGCCCCCCCUCUGCUCCCCCGCCCCCCCGCCCUCGCCCGCCCUCUCUACCUCUCUCUCCUCUCUUUCACCAAACAGACAGAAAUCAAACCGUACCCAGGGCUUUCUCCUUUUUUAUCUGUAAUUCUUAAACAUUUAAUGCUAUGAAGUGUGUGUGUGUGUGUGUAUGUGUGUGUGUUCCUGAGAGAGCCACACCGAAUGUUUGCGUUUCUGCCUGCGAGUGUCCGAGCAUUAAAAUAUGUGUGUGUACGUUAUGUGCGAAGGUGUGAGAGAUUUUUACUAUCCCUUCUCUCAUACCCCUCUGCCCCAGUGACAGGAUGAACACAGUGUGUACAGGGCUGCCCCAGUGACAGGAUGAACACAGUGUGUACAGGGCUGCCCCAGUGACAGGAUGAACACAGUGUGUACAGGGCUGCCCCGGUGACAGGAUGAACACAGUGUGUACAGGGCUGCCCCAGUGACAGGAUGAACACAGUGUGUACAGGGCUGCCCCAGUGACAGGAUGAACACAGUGUGUACAGGGCUGCCCCAGUGACAGGAUGAACACAGUGUGUACAGGGCUGCCCCGGUGACAG